CCACGGAUACUAGCGGGUGAGUCUCAAUCAAAACCAUGGAUCUUGAAUCUUGUGUUAUUAAUCAAGGGAGAAUUUUUAAUCCGUGUGCAGAUCGAAGAUGGUUCGCUUGGAUGAACCGCCGCCAAUCCUCAUCAACGAUGCAUCCGCUGGAAGAUGAGGACCUCCUCCAAGAGAUCCUCCUCCGUCUCCCUCCUCAGCCAUCCUCCCUCCCCCGUGCCUCCCUUGUCUGCACACGCUGGCACCGCAUCCUCUCUGACCCCAAGUUCCCCCACCGCUUUCGCAAGCACCACCAGAAACCUCCUCUGCUCGGCUUCUUUUUGGUUGUGCCCUUGGGCAACCGCACCUUUACUCCCAUCCUGGAUAGGCCUGACCGCAUCCCAGCAACGCGAUUUGCUCUUCCACAGGGCCACGACCUCCCCCAAGACCAAUGGCACUUCAUGGGAUGCCGCCACGGCCUCACUGUCCUAAUCAACGCGUGGCAACGCCAGAUUGUCAUGUGGAAUCCUCUCACUGGACAACUGCGGCGUGUGACAUUUCCACAGUCGAUCAGGUACAAACAUGAGAUAUUUUGUCAUGCUACGGUGCUCUGCGCUGACCCCGAAGAUGGGCAUGUGCACGGCGAUUGCUUCUUGAGCCCUUUUAAAUUGGUUAUGGUCAGUGUCAGAGACAGGGAAACAUGUGCUUGUGUUUAUGACUCAACAUCUGGUGUAUGGGGCAAUAUUUUAUCGAUUGUGACUAUGAGUACAAAUAUUUUCAUAAGGCACAACAUCCUGGUCGAAAAUGCAAUUUACUUUCAUGGAGGUGAGAUCCUUGCCUUUGAUCUGGAAAAGCAGAGUCUUGGUGUGAUUGACAUGCCAAGUGAUGUGGAUCUUCGUGACUUCGGGACUUCUCAGCUCUUACGGAUGGAAGAUGGUGGACUUGGACUCGUUGUUUUGUCAUUUUUAACCAUUCAAUUAUGGCAGAGAAAGUCAGAUUGUGGAGUUGUCAGAUGGGUGUUGCUACAGAAAACCAUUGAAUUGGAGGAUCAUCUCGUUCCACGUAGAAUGGGCCAUGAUUGCAUAAUUGUAAUGGUACUGAUAGCGGGGUAUGAUGAGGAGAAAAUUUUGAUUGUACUAUCUACGACGGGUGGCAACUUCAUGCUCCAGGUUGGGUCAAUGAAGACCAGAAAUAUUUGUGAAGGAAAUCUCAUAAGUGAUGAGACCUUUUAUCCCUACACAAAUUUCUAUACUACAGUCUGAGGAACGGGUAUGUUGGCGCUAGUUUCCUAUCUACAGAAUACACCAUCUCAGCUGGCUUCAGAGUCACAAAAUGCACCAUCAGGCAAGCAGGCAACAAGGUGUUGGCAAAUAAGCAUGUAGGUACCUACCAAGAGUACAAGACCUCGGAGAAGGAUUCGGCUUGCAAAAGAAAUUUUGGGAAGUUUACCAUUGGUGCACAACUAUGAUAAUGCUUUCUCACAUUCCCUAUCAGAUUCAUAUAGAAUUAAUGCAAUGGAAUGAGCUUUUAAAAGUGUCUUGAUACUUCUUUUUUGUUUUGAGUGUGUAUACAUUGUGCCAUAUUAUAGA